AUGGUCUGUACUAGGCCUGAUAUAGUGCAUGAUGUCAGCGUUGUUAGCAGGUUCAUGGGAAAUCUUGGAAAGGAGCACUGGCAGGCUGUGGAGAGGAUCUUUCGUCACCUGAGAUGUACGUCUGAUGUUGGUCUCGUUUAUAGAGGUGAUACUCACUGUUCAGUGACUGAUUAUUCUGAUUUUGACUACGCUAGAGAUGUCGAUAGUAGAAGAUCCGGUUAUGUUUUCACUCUUAGUGGUUCUGUUGUUAGUUGGAAACCAACUUUACAGGCUGCAGUUACUUUGUCUACUACUGAAACAGAGUAUAUGGCGUUGACAGAGCUGCUAAAGAAGGAGUAUGGUUGCAAGGGCUAUCAGAGCGCUAUUUAUUUAGCCAAGGAUCAAGUCCAUUAUGAGAGGACUAAGCAUAUUGAUCUGAGGUAUCAUUUUCUAAGAGAUGAGAAGAGAAUUGAGGUGAAGAAAGUAGGUACUGCUGAUAUGUUCCGAGUUAGUCCCGCAGAGCAAGUUUCAACACUGUUUGGACUUGCUUAA